AUGGCGGACCACUCUCUAGCUGUUCAAGAUGGCGCUUUACCUGUCGGAAACUAUACGUUAGCUGUUGGGCAAGAGUUUCCAGAUGUAGAAACUUGCAGAAGAACACUCAAGGAUAUUGCAAUUGCUAUGCACUUUGAUCUUCGGAUAGUAAAAUCCGACCGGAGCCGAUUCAUAGCCAAGUGUUCAAAGGAAGGAUGCCCCUGGCGUGUUCACGUGGCAAAGUGCCCAGGUGUUCCAACAUUCUCUGUAAGGACAUUGCAGGGUGAGCACACUUGUGAAGGAGUUCAAAACCUACAUCACCAGCAGGCGUCGGUUGGUUGGGUUGCCAGGUCUGUGGAAGCCCGCCUCAGAGAUAACCCCCAGUACAAGCCCAAGGAGAUUCUGCAAGAUAUCCGGGAACAGCAUGGCGUUGCUGUUUCAUAUAUGCAGGCCUGGCGCGGUAAGGAACGUAGUCUGGCUGCUGUUCAUGGCACGUUUGAAGAUGGUUAUCGCCUUCUUCCGGCAUAUUGUGAGCAGAUUAGAAAAACUAACCCUGGAAGCAUUGCAUUGGUUUAUGCUUCCGGGCAAGAACAGUGCUUUCAGCGUCUGUUUAUCUCAUAUCGUGCAUCAAUAUCCGGAUUCCUGCACGCUUGUCGGCCUCUCCUGGAGCUUGAUAAGGCACAGCUGAAAGGAAAAUACCUCGGAACUCUACUCUGUGCAUCAGCUGUUGACGCCGACGACGCACUGUUCCCUCUGGCAUUUGCUGUGGUUGACGCUGAGACUGAAGCCAACUGGAUGUGGUUUCUUUCAGAACUGCGCAAACUUCUUGGAAUGAAUACAGAAAAGAUGCCGAUUCUCACUAUAUUAUCAGACAGAUCGAAGGGUAUUGUGGAAGCAGUUGAGACGCAUUUCCCCAGUGCGUUCCACGGUUUCUGUCUACGUCAUGUGAGUGAGAACUUCCGAGAUGAGUUCAAGAACACGAAACUUGUUAAUAUCUUCUGGAAUGCUGUUUAUGCCCUCACGUCUGUAGAGUUCGACGCCAGGGUGAGUGAAAUGCUGGAAAUUUCGGCUGAUGUGAUGCAGUGGUUUCAGCGCUUCCCCCCGAGCCUGUGGGCCGUGGCAUAUUUUGACGGGGUGAGAUACGGGCACUUCACUUUAGGCAUCACGGAGCUGUUGUACAACUGGGCCCUGGAGGGGCACGAGCUCCCCAUCGUGCAGAUGAUGGAGAACAUCCGUGUCCAGUUGACAAAAUGGUUCGAUGAGCGGCGAAAUCUGGGGAUGUCGUGGGCUUCCUCAUAUCUCGUACCCUCUGCCGAGAAGCUCAUCUCCGAAGCCGUCGCAGACUCACACUGUUAUCAAGUGCUGCGUGCAAAUAAAGUGGAGUUUGAGAUUGUGUCGUCCGAGCGGACGAACAUUGUGGACAUACAGACCCACUGCUGCUCGUGUCGCCGCUGGCAGAUUUACGGCGUCCCGUGUGCGCACGCUGCAGCUGCGCUGAUCUCCAGCGGCGAAGAUGUGCGCCUCUACGUGAACGAGUGUUUCAGCGUUGAGAAAUAUCUUGAAACGUAUUCGCAGACCAUACAUCCGGUGCCCGACAAGAGCCUCUGGAAUGACGCGGCCGAAGGAGCAGCAGAGGACGGAGGUGCCAAGUUCGACGUGGUCAUCCGGCCACCAAAGACCCGCCGCCCACCUGGCCGCCCCAAGAAGAAGGUUCUGAGGAUCGAGAACUUCAAGCGUCCGAAGAGGGUCGUCCAGUGUGGCCGCUGUCAUCUUUUAGGGCACUCUCAGAAGAAAUGCACCAUGCCGGUCUGA